UUAACAGUUGCAAUACUGAGUUUCGUAAUAUAGAAUGUAGACUGCAAUGACAUUGCAGAACAGUAAAAAUGUAUUUCUGGGUGUCUCAAGAAGUUGAGUGCUGGGUCUAAGGAAAUGACUAAAAUAUGACCUCCUUUAAGAUCGACUGGCACAAUCAACAUGGGAAAACUUGUUUAGGAACAUGCACUGCCUCUUUUGAUAUCUAGUGAAUGUCUGAGUGGAAGGUCGAAGCAAACUGUCUUUGUCAUGAUUUUAAUUUAUAAAGCCUACACCAAAGUUUAUUUACUUUCAUUACAGUUUGCACUCAGUUCAACAGAGGGGUUUUUUCGAUGCUGGGUGCUGUCAGUCCUGAUUCGUUCGACACACUGCACUCCUACAGUAACACCUUCCAGAUGCCUUUUGUGACACCUUGGUUUCCAGAAAAGGUUUUAACGCCAUCAUCAGGCGUUAAUGACUUUGCAAUAAGUAUGCGACCGGAUUAUCAUCGAGCCAUCAUUGAUACGGUGCAAUACUACAAGUGGAAGAAAAUCAUCUACCUCUACGACUCCCACGAUGGUCUUCUCAGACUGCAGCAAAUUUAUCAGGGAUUGAAACCGGGAAAUGGAUCGUUUCAAGUAGAAACGGUUAAGAGAAUACAAAAUGUGUCUGAGGCCAUUGAAUUUCUUCGCAGUCUAGAAACACUCAGCAGGUGGACAGCGAAAUAUGUUGUCUUAGAUUGUCCAACUGAUAUGGCUAAGAAUAUUGUUGUAAGUCACGUGAGAGAUAUUGCUCUAGGAAAAAGGACAUACCAUUACCUUCUAAGUGGACUGAUAAUGGACGACCGCUGGGAGAGUGAAGUGAUCGAGUACGGUGCCAUCAACAUCACUGGGUUUCGCAUAGUGGAUGACUCUCGACCCUACGUGAAGGAGUUUCUCGAAAACUGGCGACGCCUCGACCCCGCGGUCCAUCAUGGCGCCGGUCGCCAAUCUAUAUCAGCUGCAGCAGCUCUGAUGUAUGAUGCAGUGUUUGUACUUGUUGAGGCACUGAAUAAGUUCACACGAAAAAAAGCUGACCGAAAUAACCAGAGACGCACAGGUGUGCCAAAUAUGGGUCUAGGGAUAAACACCACACUUCCCAUGGAUUGCAAUCCCAAACAAGGUUGGGUUACUCCAUGGGAACACGGCGAUAAGAUAUCUAAACUCCUGAGAAAGGUCGAGAUAGAAGGACUCUCGGGUCUCAUUCGUUUCAAGGAAGACGGUCGGCGUCUGAAUUACACACUUCAUGUCGUUGAAAUGACAAUUAACAGUGCCAUGGUAAAAGUAGCAAAUUGGACAGAGCAAGAUGGAUUUCAACCUGUGUCGGCAGACUACUCUCGGCCAAAAUCAAACAAAGACAGAAACAGAACUCACAUUGUAACUACAAUAAUUGAGGAACCCUACAUUAUGCUCAGAAAAGCCGAACCAGGAGAAAAUUUAUUCGGCAACGAUCGCUACGAGGGCUACUGCAAAGAUCUUGCGGAUUUUAUAGCGAAAAGACUAAAUAUAACAUAUGAACUACGAAUUGUCAGGGAUGGGAAAUAUGGUUCCGAAAAUCCGGAUGUCGCUGGUGGUUGGGACGGGAUGGUGGGAGAGCUAAUCCGAGAAGAAGCAGACAUCGCUAUUGCAUCAAUGACAAUUACAUCAGAGCGUGAACGUGUAAUUGAAUUCAGCAAACCCUUUAUGUCUCUUGGCAUCAGCAUUAUGAUAAAAAAGCCUGUUAAAACAAUUCCAGGAGUCUUUAGUUUCCUCAAUCCACUCAGCAAGGAAAUUUGGGUCUGCGUAAUUUUUUCCUAUAUUGGAGUUUCUAUUGUACUCUUCAUCGUAUCAAGAUUUUCCCCCUAUGAGUGGCGAGUCUUAACUCUUAGUGGCGGUGAUCCAAGAUUAGGUAUGAGAGCGGAUCCAGCAAUGCAACAUCCCCAUGGACCCCAGGCGUCACCGCACAUGCAGCAAUCUAGUAUGGCAAAUGAUUUCAGCAUAUUAAAUAGCCUCUGGUUUUCGCUGGGGGCUUUCAUGCAACAAGGCUGUGACAUUUCUCCGAGAUCUAUUUCGGGUCGAAUAGUAGGCAGCGUUUGGUGGUUUUUCACGCUAAUUUUGAUCUCAUCCUACACUGCCAAUUUGGCAGCGUUUUUAACAGUUGAAAGAAUGGUCACACCAAUAAAUUCCCCUGAAGAUCUAGCCCUUCAAACAGAAGUCCAGUAUGGGACACUCUAUCAGGGAUCAACUUGGGAUUUUUUUAGGAAAUCUCAAAUCAGUCUCUAUAGCAAAAUGUGGGAAUUUAUGAAUGCGAGGAAAGAAGUUUUUGUCAGCACAUAUGAUGAAGGAAUAAGGAGGGUCCGAAAUAGCAAGGGAAAGUAUGCUCUUCUUAUUGAGAGUCCAAAAAAUGAUUAUAUCAACCAAAGGGAACCCUGUGACACGAUGAAGGUUGGGAGACAUCUCGAUGCAAAGGGAUUUGGUAUUGCUACACCAAUAGGAUCACCUUACAGGGAUGAAAUUAAUAUAGAAGUUCUAUCACUCAAGGAAUCUGGAGAAUUAGAAAAGCUUUAUAAUAAAUGGUGGUAUGAUCGAACAGAAUGCAGACAUGGAGAUAAGCAAGAUGCAACGAGAAAUGAAUUAACUUUAAGCAACGUAGCAGGAAUUUUCUACAUUUUAAUAGGAGGGCUCUUACUCGCUUUAGCUGUAGCUCUACUAGAGUUUUGCUACAAAUCUCAUUCAGAAGCUACGAGAGCAAAGAUACCGCUUUCGGACGCUAUGAAAGCGAAAGCCCGGUUAACUAUCGGCGGUGGUCGUGACUUCGACAACGGCCGGUACUACGCACCAGCCAACGCAAUUGGGAAUGCCGAGGCCGACCAAGUGCACAGCAAUACACACACGCAGGUUUAAGUAUCCAGGAGGACUCACCUUCAGGAGAAUCGCCGGCAAUUUCCCUGCCAACACCUCCUCCACCUCCAUUGUCCGCACCGCCACCACCUCCUCUACCACGUCGACCACCACGAAGGAACGUAACCUUCGCCGAAUCACCACCCAAGAGCCCAAGACCCAGGAAUCAAAAGCUCAAUGUUGCGACCUUGGACAUCGCC